AUGCCUUUGUCCAACGAUGGCCGGGGCUGGGUGAUGACCGGCUUGAGCGGACUUGCUUGCAUAUUCGGAGCCUCGUUCAUAUGUAUAGACCUCAUCGUCCGACAAUUCCCUGGAAAGCGGAAUUGGAGAAUCCAGGACAGUGAUACAUUCCUUUCGUUAUCAUUAAGCUUGAGCUUUGGUGUCAUGCUGUUUUCUGCGCUGUAUAGCAUGCUUCCGUCAGCAAAACAAUCCUUGGUGACUGGGGGCUACACAUCAAGAGAAGCCGCAUGGAUCAUGAUCGGCUGCUUUUUGGGUGGCGUUGUUGGCAUUCAGGUCGUCUCACGAGUGCUGCAUAAGUAUGUACCGCAUAAUGUGGUCGGUUGUGAGCACAGUCAUGAGGACGAGGAAGCCCACAAGGAGGGUGCACAUGCCCAUGACCACAGCCACAGCCACGAGGAUGCCCAUGAUCAUGAUCACCACACGCCCAUCGCAAAGCCUCGAAACAACCCUUCACGAAAGAGCCUACGAUCGGCGCAAGCACCAAAGAUGAAGCAGCGUUCGACAUCAGCAAGUACGCAACAAAGACCGACGUUAGACCAAAGACCGACGUUAGACCAAAGACCGACGUUGCAAUCGAAGAUAACGUCUAGUAUUUCGAAGUUGACAUCAGGACAGGAUCCUUCGUGCGACUGCGACGGACCUUGCUAUGGUUACAGCGACAUUUGCCAAGAGGCUUGCUUCAUUAAUGUAAACAAGCCAGGAGGUAUCAAGGCGCCGAAGCCCACCUCUGGCGUGAACCGACCUUCGGCCAUGAAGAUGGCCACUGCCACAGAAGCAACACCUCUUCUACACGAUCCAUCUGAGGGUACACUGACGCGGCCACGAACUCGAGGCGCUACGGAGGAGAGCGCCAUCACAUACGCCGACGAGCUAGCAGGGCUCGAUCACGGCCAUUCAGAAGAUAGCUCAGCAACAGCAGUCACGGCCGACGGAACGGCGGACCUACACAAAACAUCAUCUCACGACCACGACCACGACCACGACCACGACCACGACCACGACCAUCAUCAUGAAGAUCCCGAAGACGACGAAGAACCUGAGCAUCACCACCACCACGUACCUACAAAUGCCUUCCUCUCGAUCGGCCUACAGACAUCAAUAGCAAUCGCCCUCCACAAACUCCCCGAAGGCUUCAUAACCUACGCCACAAACCACGCCAACCCCAAGCUCGGCUUCUCCGUCUUCCUGGCCCUCUUCAUCCACAACAUUACCGAAGGCUUCGCCAUGGCCUUACCCCUCUACCUAGCGAUCAACAACCGCCUCAAAGCCAUGGUCAUCUCCUUCGUCCUCGGAGGUCUCUCACAACCGCUCGGUGCUGGCGUUGCAGCGAUAUGGUUCAAGUUGGCUGGGAAUGGCAAGUGGGAGCCGAGUGAGAGUGGGUAUGGAGGGAUGUUUGCUGUGACAGCAGGCAUUAUGGCGAGUGUUGCGUUGCAGCUUUUCGCGGAGAGUCUGGAUUUGACGCAUUCGAAGCAUUUGUGCAUGAUUGGAGCGUUUUGCGGCAUGGCGAUUUUGGGGAUAAGUAGCGCGCUUACUGCAUAG